CGCGCCUCGCCAGGUGGUGGAAUCGAGGAAGUGGGCCAUCGCGAAAAACUAACUGUUGGCCCGUGAAAAACACCUCGAGAAAGGUGAAUACCGAGAUAGUGGACGAGUGAACGAAAGAGAGAGAGAGAGGAGGGGGUCGAGACACGUUUCCUGGCCGAUUAGAAACGGUUUUCUGAGGCAAAGGGCCGGGAUUAAUAUGUGCUUUGGACGAGUGCCGCGAGCUGAAAGUUGCCAGACCGGCGUGAACACCGACGACAGCUGUCGAAAGGAAGACGAGGGGAUCGUGGAGCGGUGUUGGUGGUCCUGUUCCGCGGGGAUGGGGAUGCUGUUGCCCGACGAGACAUACGAGGAACGUUCCUCGUCCUCGAGGCGUAGCUCGUGCCCGAACGUUCUCGCGGAUAUCGACGAGGUCGAGGCGGCCAAGGCUUUGGCCGCGUUCAGAAAGUGCGACGAGUUCCUCAAGAGGCACGGGAUCAGGCCCGAGUUCUUCUGCAGGCACAGGGAACGAUUGGCGCUCCAGACUUGGCUGUUGCAGAGGUCCAAACUCUCCUCCGAUGCCUCGUCCUCGAACGAAGCCGUGCACCUCCAGCAGCGUCUCAGGAGCCUGAGCACGGAACUGGUGACCCUGAGGAACCGGCUGCACGUGAACCAGCCGCCGAACAAUUCAGGGCCGAACAGCGCCGCAUCCGCGCCCCUGUCCAAGAGCCCGGAAAAAGGCGGGGUACCAUCGUCCCCGGCGCCCGCCGUCCCCCCGAGGACCACGUUGCCCAUCUCGGCCACCCUGCCUCACUCCCUCGGCCAUCCUUCGGGGGGGCACACGUUGACGGCGUCCGCCAUCGUUCAUCCGCACGUCAAUCACCCCGUCACCGCGAACACGCUCGGCCACAACUCGACCGCGGCUAAUAAUUUAAUAUCCGACUUGGAUCCACCGAAGCGGCACAAUGGGAUCCCGGACGACGGCAUAGUGUCGUGCGUGACCGCGCUGGGCUGCCUGCGCUCGCCGCCGAUCUCCAGCAUUAUCGCCGACGUGAAAAACGCGAAGAGCAGCAACCAGGGUCAGCAUCGAUGUCUCCCGAAAGGUGCCGCGGCUUCUCCCGGCCCUGCCACUUCCACGGCCUUGGACGACCUCAUUCACCUACCUGGACCUCUGACGGAGGACGCGGUGCUCAAGUGUCUGCAAGCUCGAUUCUGUGCCAAACAAUACCACACAAACGUGGGCCCCAUACUGGUCUGUAUCAAUCCAUAUACGGACGUCGGGAAUCCAUUGACCUUAACGAGCACCAGGGCCGUACCUUUGGCGCCCCAGCUGAACAAAGUCGUUCAGGAGGCCGUGAGACAGCAGUCGGAAACUGGAUACCCCCAGGCCAUCAUUCUUUCCGGGACGAGUGGUUCCGGGAAGACGUAUGCCUCCAUGUUGCUACUAAGGCAACUGUUCGACGUGGCGGGAGGUGGUCCCGAGACGGACGCCUUUAAACAUUUGGCGGCUGCGUUCACGGUUCUGAGGUCUCUGGGAUCCGCAAAGACUGCCACCAAUUCAGAAAGUUCUAGAAUAGGUCACUUUAUCGAGGUCCAGGUGACGGACGGCGCCCUGUACAGAACAAAGAUACAUUGCUACUUUCUGGACCAAACUCGAGUGAUCAGGCCCCUACCCGACGAGAAGAAUUAUCACAUAUUUUACCAAAUGUUAGCCGGCUUGUCGCACGAGGAACGAGUCAAACUCAACUUGGAGGGUUACAACCUGAAGAACCUGAGGUAUCUGCAGCACGGGGAUACGAGGCAGGACGAGGCUGAGGACGCGAUCAGGUUUCAAGCGUGGACUUGCUUGGGUGUGCUGGGUAUACCCUUCCUGGACGUGGUCCGUGUACUGGCGGCGGUGUUGAUCCUCGGGAACGUUGGUUUCACGGAUCGUCCUGGCGUGGAGGUGGGCGUGAUCGGCGAGAACGAGUUGGCGUCGGUCGCGGCUCUCCUCGGCGUGCCGCCCCCUGCCCUGCUCAGAGGGCUCACCUCGAGGACCCACAAUGCUCGCGGCCAAUUGGUGAAGUCGGUCUGCGACGCGAAUAUGUCCAACAUGACCAGGGACUCGCUGGCCAAAGCUCUGUACUGCCGUACCGUGGCCACGAUCGUGAGGAGGGCCAACAGCUUGAAGAGACUGGGCUCCACCCUCGGCACCUUGUCGUCCGACUCGAACGAGUCUGUUCAUAACCAGGCCGAGGUGACCAGUCAACACGCGUCCACUAUCGGCAGCUCUGCGGGUGGUACCGGUUCCAGAAGCAUGACCGCGUUGAACAACGCGGUACGGCACGCGACGGAUGGGUUCAUCGGGAUCCUGGACAUGUUCGGUUUCGAGGAUCCGAAGCCGAGCCAGUUGGAGCAUCUGUGCAUCAACCUUUGCGCGGAGACGAUGCAACACUUCUACAACACGCACAUAUUCAAGAGUUCGAUCGAGAGUUGCCGGGACGAGGGCAUCCGGUGCGACGUGGAGGUCGACUACGUCGACAACGUGCCCUGUAUCGAUCUCAUCUCAUCCCUGAGGACCGGGCUGUUGAGCAUGUUGGACGUGGAAUGCUCGAUACGAGGCACGGCCGAGAGCUACGUGGCGAAAGUGAAGGUCCAACACAAGCAGAAUCCACGAUUGUUCGAGCCGAGGACCGUGGAUUGCAGGUCCUUCGGGAUCCAACAUUUCGCUGGCAGGGUCACCUACGACGCCUCCGACUUCUUGGACACGAACAAGGACGUGGUCCCGGACGACCUGGUGGCCGUGUUCUACAAGCACACGUGCAGCUUCGGUUUCGCCACACAUUUGUUCGGCAGCGAGUUGAAGGCCCUGUACGCGAGCGACACGGUGCCCAGGGGUGUCAGCUUCAGGAUAUCGCCUACCUCGCACACCGACCUGUUGAACGGGGACGAGCCGAUCUCGACGUUGACGCAGGACUUUCACACGAGGCUGGACAAUCUGCUGAGAACCCUGGUCCACGCGAGGCCCCACUUUGUCAGGUGCAUCAGAAGCAACGGGACCGAGACGCCGCUUCACUUGGACAGAGGCGUGACCAUGCGUCAGAUACGAUCCCUCCAGGUUCUCGAGACGGUGAAUCUAAUGGCCGGCGGAUACCCCCAUCGGAUGCGUUUCAAGGCGUUCAACGCGAGGUACAGGCUGAUCGCUCCGUUCAAGCAAUUGCGACGUGCCGAGGAGCAAGCGGUGGAAGACACCAAGCUCAUCCUGCAGAACGCGCAGCAGCUGAAGAGCAAAUUCGGCGCGAGCACCAGCUGGGCGCUCGGCAAGAGGCACAUCUUCCUUAGCGAGGGCAUUAGGCAACAGCUCGAGAACCUGCGCUCCGAAACGCGGAGGAAAGCCGCCACCGUGAUACAGGCAACGUGGAGAGGAUGGCGGGUGCGAAGAAGAUGGCCCCUCAGGAAGACGACGAUAGGAGUGACGUCCGGUAUCGGGCAGAAGAAAUCUCAACAACCGACCUCGACGACCACGGGCACAGUGCAGAGGAACGUGACAGUGGCCACCGGCACCGGAACCGGAACACGGCCGAGGCCUCAGCCGAUCGCUGGCACGCCACCACCCGAUCCGUCGGAGAAAUGCGCCGAUCAGAAGAUGAUCCAGCAAACGUGCACUCUGUUCGGAUUGGAUUUGGAACGACCGCCCCCGCUUCCGCCGAGCAGAUCGUACACCGUGACCGGAAACACGAAGUUGGGCUAUCCCCAGACCAGGAUCAUGAAGAUGCCAUUUCCAGAAGAGGGUGAAGGGGAGGUGGUCCUGCUGAAGGGUGAAACGGUUCUGGUCGUGGGGGCGUCUCCCAGGCGAGGUCACCUGCUGGUGGAGCACAACAACACCACGCUGCACGUGCCCUAUCAGUUCAUGGAGCUGAAACCGUGUAAUAUUAACAUCUGAAACGCGUUAUUUAUUUCCGUGCCUUAUUUUUGUCACUCGUACGACGCCGUGUUUAAACCACCAUCAUUAUUUUUUCUACAUUUCUUUUCUUUUUUUUUUUUUUACGCAUAAAGCGAGCAACACUCGACCUCGUUAAAUUUGUUUUCGAUCGAGGGAUGGUCGGUUUCGCAGAGGAGCGGUGGAAAUUGAAAUUUUUAUUUUGACUCGGAGAAGAUAUUUAUAAAAAAUAGAGGCAGAGAGAGAGAGAGAGAGAAGUAAAAGAAGAAGAAGAAGAAGAAGAAGAAAAGAGUUUUGUUUCGUUGGGAUUAGAAGGUGGACAGAGGAUUUCACGGAAAUGAAGAUAGAAAAUUACAGGAUGUAACGAUGCAUGGGCACCCAGUUUUUAAUUUAAAAGAAAGAUUCGAAUGGAAUCUCCGUUUCCACCCGCGAUUCCAUCCUUUCCCCUUUGUUAUACGUCCUACCUGAACGUACGUAAUCCGCAAUUAUGCUUGCGUUCUAUCUUCCCUGAUAUAUCCUUUUUUUCCCGGCUCCUUUUGAGGUCUUUUCUCUCCUCCUCCAACUUUUCCACUUCGAGAUAAAAAUAACUCGUAGAUGGAAAACAAACGCGUGUAUCCGCACCCACUGUAAACGUUAUUACUCGAUGAACUUCCGGAUACAAUUUCAUCCCUAUGAAGCUCUUCGACUUCCAAUUAACUUGUCACAAUCACCCUCUGCUCUUUUUUUCCUUUUUACUCCUUUUCUUUUUUUCUUUUUCAUCCCUUUUUCUCGAAGAGAUCGAUAAUCUUUCUCGUUUGUCGUUCCAUCCACGAAUUCCAUCCUUCUUUUUCACCGUGAAGAAGAAGAAGAAGAGGAAGAAGAAGAAGAAGAAGAAGAAGAAAAAACGAAAAAAGAAUUUCCUCUCCACCGGAUGGAAAUUGCAAUUUAAUUAAUAUCGAAUGAAAAGGUUGGAGAGGGAGGGAAGGAGGAGAAGGAGGAGGGAAAACAAAGGGGAAAAUAAUAUCGUACGAUCGCGUUGAGAGUUGCGUUUACAUCGGUUCGAUCGUGAGAUUAGAAUUUAGAAUCGCGGCCAGGAACGCGUGAACUUUGUCCUUUAAUUAAUUACGUUGCGAGUUUCACGCGGUGCUUAUCGUUCGCUCGAGAGUUGGGUCUCGUCUUCCGCGUGGGUGGCAGCCUCCUCCUCGACGAGGGGCGUCGAUUCGUCUUCCACGCAAGAUAAGUCCACCCGCCUCCUCCUCUUCCGUUUUCGUUUUGGUGAGCAUGUUAGCCCGUUAAACGCCGCCGAAUCUCGCGAUCCAUCUAUAAAAUAUGGGCUUCACGCGUGAAUGCGUUAAUGCCGCGAAGAAUAAGGAACGCGAUUGAUCCUGAACGAUGGACGAAAGAAAGAGAGAAAUUUUCGAUGAAAUUUGUUCGUGGCGAUUUUUUCCGUUUUCUCCUCGAAACUCGAAGCCUGAGGAAAUGGUGGUUGGUAGUGGCGUGUACGAGAGAGAUUUAACGGAGGGUGUCGAGUGUGUAAUAAGCGUAAUAAGCGUAAUGGUUAGAGGAUAUUUGCCAACAGUAUUCCUUCGUCUGUCUUUGAAUUCUUAGUGCCAAUUUCUAGAGAAGAAGCGUCUGUCGUGGAACGUCCGAAUUUUGUUUCUCAAACAAAACGUUCUUUUCUUUUUCUUUUUUUUUUUUUUUUUUAAUUAGUAAAAGACGAGUUGGAGAAAAGCGAUACAGGAUGUAGAGGACGAGAGAUUUGGUCGUUCCACCGUGUGUAUUUGUAUUAUACGAUUAAAGAGAUCGACUUCGAUUAGGACAAUAUGCUCGACAAUAUCUCUAAAGAAUAGGUCUAAUCGAACAAGUUACUCUAUCUCAUUAUCGCGAUAAUCAUAACAGGCAAACAAUUUCUAGCAUUGAAUCGGGAAAGGUAGAUAGAAGAGAGAGAGAGAGAGAAAGAGUGAGUGCGCUUUGUAGAUAUAAUACGAAACUCGUUCAGUUAGAAACGAUAAGCGUCCAUUGAGAGGAACAGGCGGUGGAGUGAAACUCUGCCGAGUUCAGCGUCUCGAGAAUAUGUACAUACGAGUAUGUAUGCCGAAUGGUAUACGUAGUUUACAGAUACCGGAGCCUGAUGCAUGCGUAUGGGUAAGCUGUAAGUACGUGGAGAUAUUUUUGAAUAAAAUAUAAGCGUCUUUGAAAAUAACAA